UGUAAAUUCUGCUGCACCAAGUCUUUUUUUUUUAGAAAAAAAAUUUAAAGGCCACUAGGAUUUUCAACCCCUAGUGGCUAUUUUAUUAAUAAUCAAGUAAAUAAAACACAAGCUAAGUACUGUACAGCAAAAACAAACGAAAAAAUAAGUCUUGAGCUAAGAAAGAAAUGAAAUGGCCAAAUGAGCAGAUCGGAGUGGCCCUUAGUUGCCCGUGUUGGUGCUUUUGCCGGAGCUUCCACAUCUGAUCCUCUAGUUGAUUCCGACAUAUUUGAGCAAGGAUCUGAGCAAUGGCCUCCAAGGUUGAACUUCAGGCAAAUGAGGCAGUAGAAAAACCAUCAGAAACAAAAAGAGUCGAAAAAUCCACCAACCAAGUAGGCGAAAGUUCUGUUGUCUUGCCGCGUGUUGUACGCAUUUACAUGGCGGACAGUGAUGCCACGGACUCGUCUAGUGACGAGGAUGAGAAGCUUCAUGGAGAGGAGUCCAAGCGACUUAAAAAGACGUGUAUAAAUGAAAUCAUCAUUGAAAAUGGAAAGACUAGGGUCUUUUCAAAGAAGAAGAAAGAUAUAAAGCUGCUGCAAGAAAAUGUGAAGAAGUACAGGGGAGCUAGACAAAGAAAAUGGGGCAGAUGGGCAGCAGAGAUUCGUGAUCCAAGAAAAAAAGCUCGGGUUUCGUUGGGAACUUUUGACACUGCUAUUGAAGCUGCUUUGGCUUAUGACAAUGCAACCAUUGAAAUAAGAGGGGCUAAUGCAGUAACAAACAUCCUCAAGCUACCACCGAAGGAAACCAACAAAAUCAAAAUCAAUUUCAGCGUGCCACCGCUAAGGGAGACAGAAGGUGGAUCUGUAGUUUAAUUAAACUUGAUGGGUUCAACCUUCCGUAGGUGGAUCCAUUGUAACUUUGAAAUUAUGAGUUCAAAAGUUAAUAUUUGUUGAACUUUUAGUCGUUUUCACAUAUACAUUUAUGUCCCAUGUGAAGAAUACUAGGUUCCUUUGAACCAAUUAAACAAAGGCUGCAUGUUAGCAUAUAUGUUUUAAUGUAUAUGAAAUUUGACAUGUUAUUGUAUAUGACAUAUGACAUGUAUCUGUCUUGACGCACUUGUAUGAAUCAA